UGAGACUUGCUGCAGUGAUGUCGACGUCACGGGGAGGACGUUGUGCGACUGCUCGGAGAGAAAUUCACUUUUCCUUCUCGGACACUGAAACACAGUGAUCCUCCAGCGGAGCGUCGACCCUGACAAUGCAGUCCAUGGAGGGCUAUGGACACACACUAUCUGGUGCCCCAUUAGUGUGAAAGGAUGAACUUGUUUCCUCUUGUUCUUUAUCUCCUGUCACUGCUUGUUUCUGUGCUGGGUUCCCUUCCCGCUCCGGUCAAUUUGACGAUCACCUCUGUCAACUUCUUCCAUGUCCUGCAUUGGGAUCCUGGGCCUGGCACCCCACCGGGAACGGUGUACCAUGUCUUCAGGAAGAACGAGAUUAAGAAACGGGAAUGGCUAUCAAAUGAGACAUCAUUCACGCUGAGGUCCAAAACCGUAGAUGCACAAAGAGAACUUCAUGAACUGACUGUCCAAGCGUCCUACAACAAAACCCUGUCUCCAGAGUCCAACAAGUUAUUAUUCAGCCCUUACGAAGACACCAAAAUAACUAGUCCAAAACUGUCACUGGCUGGAUGUGGCAACUGCAUCCAUAUCAACAUUUCAAUCCCGAAGGCUAACAAGAGAUCACAAAUCAAUGACAUCCAGAAAUUCUACGGUGGGAAGUUCAAGAUUCUCUGGAAGAAACGUAAUGGAACAGUGGAGGAACCCUACAACACUGAAAACAAGAGUUUUACUCUUGCCAACCUAAAGAGAGGUGUGGAGUACUGUGUACAGGUGCACAUGAACUUUGUUGUGAACAAAAACACUGAGCCAUCCGCCUGGGAGUGUGCCUUCACUAGCAUUGUGGAACCGAGGAGAGGUGAGUUUACCUUUAGAGCUGAUAUUAAUGCUGUUAUGACAGUAGUGUGGUGUUUUUAUUAAGAUGCUGGACUGACAUUUAGAGAUUCUGGGCUCUACGUUUGUGCAUAGUUUCAAAUAAGAAUACAGCAGCUUGAAUAUGCUGCAAAGAUCAGAUGAUGUCUCUUUUUGAGUUUGAAUUCACGAUUCUGGGCAUGUUACAAAAUCAAAUGGUCACUGUGUUUCUGUGCGUGAUGACAUGAUCCAUACAGUCACCAUGUGAACUUAAAUGCCACUGCAAUGCCAUAAGUAAAAUAAAUGUAAACCAUAUUUGGUUCAUUUUAAGAUAAAUUCUGUUUGAUUUGACUGUUUUACAUUAAAACGUUACGUGAUGCUUUUGUAUGGAGACAUGGGGAAAGGAUCAGUAAAUCAUCACAGACUAGACAAUAACCUGUAUUGUAACCUGUACCUCAGGGAAAUGCUAGUG